AUCUCCUGCUCUCAUUUGCUUACCAAAAACAUGUGGUUUGUUUUGUGGUUAACUCAGCUUUAAACUUCAUGAUAAAAAGCUAACUGUGCAUGGUUUUUUUUGAGUGUGUGUGUGUCUUUUUGGUUAAUGUCAUUGAUUAAAAUGUGUUUCGGGGCAUCAGAAAAAUACUUAUAGUAUUAUGUAAGGUUACAAAGGUGAAUCUUGUUGCAUAAGAAAAUAUCAGAAUGACUAACACCACCUGGAGAUAAGAACACAUCUAGUGACCUGUUUAGAUUAGGGUUUAUUUAUUUAUUUAUUUAUUUUUUUAAACUGUACUUUUAGUAAACUUCACACUUUUAUUCUAAAAUAUAAUUAGAGUCAAGACUGUUUUUAUUUAUGCCUGCAGUUCAUAAACUCGUUUCCUGGCCGGUCAGGAAUUUCCAGUAAGGCGGUGUGUACAGUCAGCUAACCGGAAGUGUAGCGUUAGUACUUCCACUCACCGCUUAGUACAUGAAGUUCCACAUUCACAGCGGUUACUAAUGAAGAUGUGAAAAGAGCUACAGAGUCUACACACACUCAUUCUGCUGAAUCAUUUCAAACACUAAAAGCUAACCCGUGUUCUGAAGCUACUCUGAACCUUAGCAAAUUCUACAUUUCCGGUAAAUACUCCAUGCUGUGAUGGCUGAGGUCGUUCUGGCAGAUCUGGUUCAUCCGAACUGUCCUCGGUACACACGGUGUCUGGAGGAGCGCAUGAACAAGUUACUCCGCUCUCUCGGAAAUGGCACGAGCGAGCCCGUUUACCUCAUUCUCCAAAAGCACACGGACUGCUCUGAGGAAAUCACCGAGACCUAUCUUUUGGAGAAAUGCGCUGGUCUGAACAGACGUGUCCACGUGUUAACCGAGAGCUGCUCCGUAGCCGUGCUGUACGCGUUCAAGCGAGCCGCGGACGAGCUGACUGUUAAACACGUGCACGUAAUGACGUGCAAUGCGCAGCGCGCGGAGCUGCAGGAGUGUGAGGAGCAGCUCUUCACCGAGCUCUACACCUUCACAUACAGCACCUUGCUGGACUGCAGCUCCUGUCCUCUCACACAGCUCAACACCACCUACCCCGAGCUCACCCAGCUUAAAGAGCAAAUCAGCGGCUUCUUACAGCGCCUCCCAGCGCUCCGAGGAGAAAUUACCGUCCUGAAGUCCUCACUCAUCUCAGACUGCUUUGCACACGGCUUCACCAAAAGAACAGGAGGAAUUUCCUACAUCAGCACCCUGAGCUCUCUAAACCUGUUCAGCAGUUCUCGUCGUAGAGACUCACGCGCCGUAGUGGCUGAGAACCUACGCCGUCUUGGCUUGCAUGCAGGCUUUCAGCCUCACCAGUUCCACCUUGCCAAGGUUAACCAUGCCAGUGAUGUGUGGGUGAUGAACAAGUCGGAACCUGAAAGCUAUGAUGGCAUUGUGACUAAUCAGCCAGGUGUUGUAAUAGCAGCCCCAGGAGCUGACUGCAUGCCUCUGCUUUUUGCUGACCCCGUGGGAAAAGUCAUUGGAGUAGCUCAUGCAGGCUGGAAGGGAACCCUCAUGGGAAUUGCCAUGGCAACAGUAAAUGCCAUGGUGCGGGAGUUUGGCAGCGAGCUUUCUAACGUCGUGGCAGUGAUUGGGCCUUCUGUUGGACCCUGCUGUUUCACUCUGGAACAAAAUUCAGCAAUAAAGUUCCAGGCUAUCCAUCCAGACUGUGUCAGAGAUGUGGAGUCACCCAUGCCUUAUGUGGAUAUCAGACUUGCCACUAGGGUCCUACUGGAGGAAGGUGGUCUCCUCCCAGAGCACAUCCAGGACAACACCGUGACAAACAGACCCAACAUCACCCUCUGCACCUCCUGCCAUCCUGACUCUUUCUUCUCCCAUGUUAGAGAUGGCCUCAACUUUGGCACUCAGAUUGGCUUCCUAUGGAUCAAGGAGCCCCAUGAGUUUAAACAAUUAGAUCCUUAGAAUCAGUGCCAAUACUUCAUCUCAUUUGGCUGCAGAAGCAAAAAUUCACAGUACUUAGAUUUUAGUAAGAUGUGUACAUUUAGAGAUAGACUGAAAUGAUAGACAUAUUGCUGCUAUACCGCUUACUUCAUCUCAUGCUUUCUGAAGACUAAGACAAAGUGACAACCUUUUUAAAGAAAGUUUGCAUUCCAAAUGACAGAUGGCAUUUAAUAGUAAGAGUAAAUGAUGCAAUUGUUUUAUUUUCAUGAAUGUUUUGAUGAAUUGUAUGGUUGUAGCUAACUUGGUAGAACUAAUUCCAUACUGCUGUUUAAAUUAUUUAAUGCAAACAUUUGUUGGCACCAUCUCUUGGCACUCUCCAUGUAGAAAUACACUGCCUAUAUAACACUGAUAAUUCUCUAGCAACCUGCAAUAUUAGUUUCCUGUGGUAGGCUAUUUCCAGUAGCUGAUCUAUAUAGGCAGGUCAUUUUGUAAGAGUACACAGUGAUGAAGAGUCACUGUAAGGAAACUAACUGAUGCAUUAUAGUAAACAUCACCUUACAUUGUUUAUACAAAUAUGCAUUAUUGGCAAAAUGUCACUUGAAC